AUGACUACGGUCCCAACUGCGGGCAGUGGAGGACCAGCCAUGGAGGUGAGCUGCGAGGAGUUGGAGAAGGUACUUGUCGGAUCUGACCCUGAAAGGUUUUUUCAAAUUGGCUCGGAAUUGUCACCCCAAGAGAAAUCAGCACUGACUGCCUUCCUCCGACAGAAUUUAGACGUAUUUGCUUGGGACCCCUAUGAGGCCCCCGGGGUAGACCCUGAUUUCAUCUGCCACCGCCUAAAUGUGAACCCGGCCAUAACCCCUAAGAGGCAAGCCCCUAGACGACCAUCGAAGGAGCAUACUGACGCCGUGAUAGAAGAGGGUUACCACCAGAUACCCUUGGCCGCCGAAGACCAGAAGAAGACUGCUUUUGUCACCCCAGUUGGGAAUUAUCAUUAUAAAGUAAUGCCCUUCGGCCUAAAAAAUGCCGGGUCAACCUAUCAGAGGAUGAUGACCAAGAUGUUUGAACAUCAGAUGGGUAAGAACAUUGAAGUGUACAUAGACGACAUGGUGGUUAAAAGCAAGCUGGCUCCCAACCAUAUUGAUGACCUCGGAGACAUUUUUCAAACACUAAGAAAGUAUAAACUAUGGCUGAAUGCGACCAAAUGCUCAUUUGGAGUGGGAUCUGGGAAGUUUUUGGGCUAUAUGGUGACUCACAGAGGCAUUGAGGCUAACCCUGACCAAAUAAGAGCCAUCCAUAACUUGCAGCCUCCUCGGAACCCAAAGGAGGUCCAGAAGCUUACUGGUAUGAUAGCGGCUUUAAACCGUUUCAUCUCGCGCUCAGCAGAUAGAUGCAGGCCAUUUUUUCUCCUAUUGCACAAGUGGAAAGGGUUUGAGUGGGAUGAGGAAUGCGUGAUUGCUUUCCAACAGCUAAAGGAGUACCUCACCCAGCCACCGAUUAUGUCCAGUCUCGAGGCCGACGAGGUUUUGUUUGCCUACAUAGCAGUGGCUCCACAUGCAGUAAGCUUGGUGCUGAUCCGAGAAGACAACGGCAUACAGCGACCAGUCUAUUACGUCAGCAAGUCGCUACAGGAGGCAGAAACCCGUUACCUCCCCCUCGAAAAGGCUAUCCUGGCCAUCGUGCAGGCCACGAGAAAACUGCCCCACUAUUUUCAAGCACACACGGUUGUGGUGUUAACUCAACUCCCCUUAAAAUCCAUCCUACGCAGCGCCGAUUACACGAGUAGAAUUGCAAAAUGGGGAACUAUUUUGGGCGCUUUUGACAUUAAAUACAUGCCUCGCACCGCUAUAAAGGGCCAGGUCCUCGCGGACCUGGUGGCAGAGUUUGCGGAGCCCGCAUCAGAGGGAAAGGAAGUGUCGGACUUACUGGGGGCUGAUGAGAAGAUGAUCAACACGGUCUCCCAGCAUGAAAACACCUGGUGGAAAGUGCACGUCAAUGGCGCAGCAAACCAAAGGGGCUCAGGGUUAGGACUUGUCCUGCUCUCACCUGAAGGGAUAACCAUAGAGAAGUCAUUGAGACUCGGUUUUUCAGCCACGAAUAACGAAGCCGAAUACGAAGCACUACUGGAAGGAAUGGGAAUGAUCCGGAAGUUGAGGGGAAAAUCUGUAGACAUGUUCUCAGAUUCAAGACUUAUUGUGGGGCAGAUAAAUGGGGACAUGGAGGCAAAGGACGAAAGAAUGCAGGAAUAUCUAGUUCGGGUUAAGCAUCUACAGUCCCAAUUUCAUCACUUCCGCCUGACGCACGUACCCCGAAGUGGGAACACUCAUGCUGAUUCUCUUGCGACGUUGGCUACCUCCUCGGCUCAACCCCUACCCCGAGUCAUUUUGGUGGAAGAGGUCCUCCGUCCAUCAACAGAAAGGGCCAAUGGGAUUGGAAUACAUAACGUUAGGGCAGGACCGAGCUGGAUGGACCCUAUCGUUCUAUACCUGAAGCACGACACCUUGCCAGAUGAUAGGGUUGAGGCUGGGAAAAUCAGGAGAAAAGCUACCCGAUUCUGGUUAUCGGAGGACUCCAAGCUUUACAGACGCUCGUUUUCAGGGCCGUACUUGCUAUGCGUGCACCCAGAGGCUGCGGAACUCAUCCUGGAGGAGUUACAUGAAGGAAUUUGUGGAAGUCACACGGGGGGUAGGUCUUUGUCUCACAGACCCUUAACGCAGGGUUAUUGGUGGCCGAGCAUGAAAAAGGAAGCCAUGGAUUACGUGAAGAAGUGUGACCAAUGCCAGAGGUUCGCUCCGAGCAUACACCAGCCUGGUGGAGAGCUAAACCCGAUGUCAAGUCCCUGGCCGUUCGCACAAUGGGGCCUAGAUAUACUCGGUCCAUUCCCCAAGGCAACAGGGAACAGGAGAUUUCUUCUCGUCGGCACCGACUACUUCACCAAAUGGGUAGAGGCAGAGGCGCUGGCAAAUAUUAGGGACGUCGAUGUCAAGAAGUUUCUCUGGAAGAAUAUAGUCACCAGAUUUGGCACCCCGCACACCCUGGUGUCGGACAACGGGCUCCAGUUUGAUAGCAAAGCCUUCAGAAGGUACUGCAGCGAGUUGGGAAUUGUUAACCGGUAUUCCACGCCAGCUUACCCCCAAAGUAACGGCCAAGCAGAAGCCGUCAACAAGACCAUAUUGAACGGACUGAAAAAGAGACUGGAUGACUCAAAGGGAAGAUGGGUAGAAGAGCUAGCCCAUGUCUUAUGGACAUACCGCACCACGCCUCGUAGGUCCACAAGGGAGACCCCUUUUUCACUGACCUACGGGGCCGAGGCCGUCAUUCCGUUGGAGGUGAACUUCCCAACCCAGAGGACCACCACUUUUUGUCCCGCCACCAAUGACAAACUUCUAGAAAAGAGCUUGGACCUCAUCGACGAAAGAAGGGAAGGCGCGAUGGUCCACCUAGCUAAUUAUCAGCAGAAGCUCAAGCAAGGCUAUGACGCCAAGGUGAAGCCCAGGCCCUUGGUGCCCGGAGAUCUAGUAUUGAGGAAAGUCUUGGGCAAUGCGAGGAACCCCACCUGGGGGAAGCUCGGACCAAAUUGGGAGGGACCGUACCGCAUCACUUCCGUAGCGGGCGUAGGAGCCUACUAUUUAGAAGACUUGGAUGAACGUGUAGUCCCACGCCCUUGGAAUUUAGCGACGGAACAGACAUGA